AUGAAGCGUCGCUGCGUUCCACUGAGAGCCGACCAUGACCUGCUGACCCCCGACACAGACACUCUGUCGGGGGUCCAGCUGCAUCCUGUCCACCAGGUGAGGUUGGAGGGCGUGACCUCUUUAUCAGGACACCUGAAUGACUCAUCCAGCAGCAAAUCAGCUGUCAGGGUGUCGAAGCGAUGCCCGGUGGCAUCUCCAACUCGUCGUCUGCGUUUUGAGGAUGAGACAGAGACGGAAGCGGAGUCCCGUUACCUGGAGCGACAGCAGCAGAGGAGACGAGGGGUGCAGCGAGGGACUGAGGUCCUGGUUUCUAAACCAGACUUGAACCACUACAUCAAUGGCAGGGCAGGACCAGGGUCUGGGCCACAGGGAGCAGGGCACGUUGUUGACAGAUGGCAAAGAGGACGGAAGCCCUUGGACAGGGCGGGUCAGUGCAAAACCUGUCGCUCCAGCCUGAACCUCUGUCUGUGCCCACCUGUACCUCAAGAGCGGGGACGGAGUCUGUACAGGCCCUGCCUCAACCUGCACACCGAGCCAAUCAGAGAGACCUACAUCGGCUCUGUCACACCAACGGGGGGAGGGGACGGGGCUGGCUGUGACGCUAACGACCAGGUGAGGAGGAGGACCAAUCAGGUGGAACUUAAUGGAAACGAGAUGACCAUCCCUCAGGUCACGCCCACUACAGAUUUUCCAAUCAAUCCCUACGCCCCCGACCAGCUGACUUCACCCAGUUUCAAAUGUCAACCCUCCCCAUCUCCUCCACCUGUGACAUCAGCAAUGAUGUCACAGAGCAUCAGGCUCAACGGCACAACAUCAGAGCAGGAGACGCCUGCUGCUCCGCCCCCCUACAUGGAGCUCCGACCAGGGCCUGAGCUCAAGGGGUGGAAGAGCUCCUCCUCAGAGACAACAGCUGAGAGCCAAGCCCCGCCCACCUCAGACAGCGCUGGUUAUGGACAGGACAGACAGCCAAUGAGAGCAGAGCUUCACAGAGACGAUAUGUCACUUCCUGAACGUGUACUCAGCAGAGACCAGCCCUCCCGUCUGUCUCUACGUCGUCUUUUGUCCAACGUCUCACUGAGCAGGACUCGAACCGCCAGCCUGGACCGCCUCAACUCAAGGCACCGCCCCUCUGUCUCUGAUCCCGCUCCCAGGAUGUCCUCCAGCCUUCUGAAGAACACACCGUCUGUUCAGUCACUCAGUGUGGGGUCGCCCUUCCUUCAGUUCAGGAAGUCGUCAUCAGUUCAGAAUUUUGUUUCGGAGCAGAAGAAGAAGACGGAUCGAUCAGCUGACUAUAGACCAUCUGCUGAACAGUUCCUGCAGCGUUGUCUCAGUAUAGAGGAUGUUGGACGUCCCUCUUCUGUCCGUUCUGUCGGACGAGUUCUUCAGGUUUAUUCUGACGGAACAUUUCUGUUGGAAAUCAGUCGACCGAAGAGCCGAACGUUCGGAUUCAUCAUCAGCAGAGGAAGAGGACGUCCUGACUCUGGUGUGUACGUGGACGACAUGGUGGACAGCAGUACUGAGAAGUUGUACGCCGGCUUGCUGGCGGUGGGAGACGAGAUCCUGGAGGUGAACGGCGAAAAGGUGGCCUGUCUCAAUCUGGACCAGGUUACUCACCUGCUGACCCAGAACACCUCCACCACCAUACGGAUGCUACGACACUGGCGGACGCCACCACAAUGACCACAGCUCCGACUGAGUAUAGCCACCUGACCUUAGAUUCAUAACCACACCUUCAGUCACCUGGUAACCUGAUCACCUGGUAGUCUGAGCACCUGGUAACCUCAUUUAUAAAGCUCUGCGCAGGAAAGGUGACGUACGAACAAAGCACAGAAAGUGUUUACAUACAAAAAUAUCCUGAUUUAUAACACAGUGCGCACACAUGUCCCACACAUGUCCCACACAUGUUGCCCUUUAUAAAUCACAAUCAACUCAAAAUAUGGCGCAGGUGAGCGAGCGUCUGGCCCUGCCCACAGGUGCCUAUAAAUGGGCAUGACUAAGGCUCAAACUGCAGCUGGUGGCAGAUGCUGUAAAUGCUGCUGCCUCAGACUUUGUCACAAGUCAAGAAGAAGCAGUGGUCCGAUAUGAAGGUGGAGGCCAAAAAGCGAACCGCCUCGCACAGGUGUGCACCACCGGUAGGGGAAAGGGGACACCAGAGUUCACACCCCUUGAUGAGAAACUGGCCGGGAUCAUCGGCGAAUCCCUCCUGAGCGGUCACAGAGGCGGAGGGGGACACAGAUGUGGCUGAGUAAAGCACGUGCACUGAAGCUGUGUUAAAACACUCAUGUACAAACACAAUGUAGACGUGAUCCAAAACAACUAACUUUAUCCAAAAUCCUUUUCUCUUUUAGUCCCUGGGUGUUCCAGUGAGGUUGGUGAUGCAGCCCAGCAGAGUGCGCCCAGCGUCUCCCAUGCACCUCGUGCGCCUCAGCCAUCCAGCAGCAGCAGAUGUGUCGUCACAGUCUCAGUCUUGCAAAUCCACAGAGAAACCAUACAGUCAGUUAACCAGGUUGUCAGGGAGUUACAGGAGAUAAAGGCAGUAUUGUCUGACAUAAAGUGUACACUGAAAUUGUUGGUCAAUAAAUUAUGUUUGUUUAAUUUUUCUC